UCAAGGAGAAGGAGCAUGUAAAACUUUUACAUCGAAAAAAAACGUACAAUGGUCGGCAAAGAGAUUAAGCCCGAGAAAAAUCGGUAUCUAAAAGGCACCAAAGCAUUCAGGACCAGAAAUAUUUUCCUGAUCGGUGGACUUCUUUACACGAUUGCAGGCUAUUCUUACUUCAUGUUUGUGCAUGACUGGCAGAAUGACACCUAUAUGGCCAUUCAACGCCGUUACGACAGUCGGGCCGAGGAGCGUGAACAGCGGAUUCGGGACAUCGUAAUCCGACGUGAAAAGAUCGUCAAAGAAGGACCGAUUCUUGGUUCGAAUGAAACGGCUGCCCGAUAAUUAUUUAUCAACUUACAAUGUAUUAAAACUUUUGGGCGGGGCUGAUUAAUAUAAGUUUUGAGAUAAUUAUUUUGCAUGUUUGAUUAUAUAUACUGUGGGCCAACAAAAAGACGAAAAUGUGACACUUCAUAGACAUAUUCGUUUUGUAGAUUUUUUAAUUUAUGACAAUUUUGUAGAAUUUUUUAUUAGUGAGUGUGUUACGUGUACUGUGCCCUUUCAACAGGUUUAAUUUAUAUCUUAGUUUUGAAUAUGAGUCGAAACAGUGCUCUUGAUAGUAUCAAUUUAGACGACACUGACGAUUUCCAAAGUUCAAGGGGGUCGAGUUUUAGAGUAAGGAAGGCCGCAGUAUUGCCCAAGAAACGAAGACUUGGUCGAAGGGCUAAAGUCGACUCUUCUGGAAAAAGUGAGGCUAGCAUUUCAAAACACGUAUCUGCAAAGUCUAGAGUUGGUCGGAGAGACGGGGCAGAAGCUACUAGUGCUAGCAGCGGUCCGGAGAUUGAGUUAGAAAGGGUUAAAAGAUGUUCCUCUGGUCGUUCUACAUGUUCUUCGAAAGAAUCAACAUCUACAGAAUCCGUUACGAAGUAUCCAAAAGCAAAAUCGCAAUUUGAAGAUUUGAAAUCUGGUGAGACGACACAGUCUGAGGACGUCACAGACACUGGUACAUGUUUUGAAAGUGAAGAGACGAAUGUCCAGCCAGGAAAAGUCGUUGUAGAAAAAUUAACCGGGUUGUCACCGGAGAAAAGCUAUGUCGUAAAGGGGCAAUGGAUUCUUGAGUCUCAUUGGUUGAAAGAGCAGCCCGAUGCUACGACAUCGGAGAGUCGAAGUCAAGAUGAGUGGAGCGAGGUUGUCGGGACGUCGGAAACGACGGACGGCGCUACCUCUGAUGCUACCGUGAGGGCGAGCGAUCUGACGUCACCAGAGAGUCGGGAUGAUGGUAGUGACGUCACGUUCAUAUCUCGUAAUGAUGCACGGGACAUGAGAGUUGAUGUACAAGAUGACCUUAUCAUUGCGAAGAAACUUGCGCAGAGGGAGGGUGAGAAGCUAAUGGAAGAGCAGAUGACAGAUGAAGCAGUGGCAGUCUGCCAGGUUUGUCAGAAGGACAUCAGUCACAUGAACUCGCAGAGACGGUUGCAACAUGUCAACAAAUGUCUUGAUGAGCAAAUUGACCUGGAGGAGCAACGACAGGCAGAAGAGGCGGCGGCUCAGAGGUUACAGAAUGCUGUCCUGCCUUGUCCGAUGUGUGAUGCAAAGUUCAAACAACCCCAAGCCAAGAAGAAUCAUGUGAAGACGUGCGCCAAGAAAAAGAAGGUGACCCCCCAGGAAUUGAGGGUGAUGCUGCGUAAACAAGAGCAGGAAUAUCUCGAGAAGCUGGUGGAUGGAGAGCUGCCUGCUGUUCCUGAGCGGCCCAAAAAGAAAAAAGUUGCUGCAAAGAAAAAGGAACCAAAGGUUCUCAAGGAGCCAGCAAGCAAGUAUGAAGAGGAUAUGCAGGUGACACUUGCCCUUUCCAAGUCACUGGUUGAAUUUUCCGCUGUUCCCAUAAAGCCUGCUGUUUCUGUAGUCGCACAGAAGACCGCCAAAGGCAAGAGGAAUAUGGGACCUUCGAAAGUGCCGUUACUCGUUGCAAGGGGCAGUGAAGAAAGACGAAGGAUCAUUGAGGAAGGAGUGUUUGCGCUAAUUCCGGAUGAGACGAGUCUAUUCCCAGAACUAGUGACGUUAAAACCGAGUAGAAUCAUCGAGGAGGAUUGGGAUGACGCCAUACAGAUUGUCAGAGGAUAUUCGGGUCGCUCAAUCUGGGCAAAGUGUUGUGCCACUCCUGAAGACAUCCUGGAGGAAUACUACGUCCCCUGUCUCAUGCCUCCCAUCAGCCCUUGUAAGGUCACCGUGGGUAGCAAGAUACGUCGCAUGUCUCAGGUACCCGGACGUAAGAAGUCUCUCGCAAGUCAGGCGGCGGUGAAUCUUGUUGAGCGGGCUUCUCCAGAAAAGAUGGACGUUGUAUGUCUGGACUCAUCUCGCGUCUUUGAUGAGGAGGGUCUGCUUGAUGUCAGUGAAAGGAUACAGGCCACUGGAUUCUGUACCAGUGCAAAGGAUGAUGAAUCUCAUCAAGAAGCGAAAACAUUUGACGAAACCAGCAGCAGUUGCCAUGACAACUUAAUCCUCGACUUCAAGAAAAUGAUCGGAAAUCCACAGCUGAGCGACGUAUCAAUUUUAUGUAAAAACGUGGAAUACGUCCCAGCCCACAAGUUCAUCUUUGCUGCUCGAUGUCCGAAAUUAUUGAAGGAGGUCAAACGUGAGAAGAUUAUCGAGUUUGUUGACGUAUCCAAGGCGGCCAUCUUUGUUUUGUUGACCUUUCUCUACACCGGUGAAAUCCUUGACCUUGACCUUGAUUCAGAUGAUGUAAUCAGCAAUGUUGGGACUCUCAGUGAAAGGUUCAAUCUAUAUGUUCUAACAGACGAGUGCAAGAGAAAGGGAUGGACGUCUGCUGCUUCUGAAGUGACGUCUGCUCCGGGGUUGGUUGCCAUGGAGAUGGAGGAGCUGUUGAAGAAUCUGUGGGAGGAUGAUGAGGAAGAAAAUGAAAAUGAUGACACGGCGGAUGAUCGCGAGAAAGAGAAUAUCACGAUGAACGAAGAAGAUGUUGAAGAAAUAUACGAAUUUAUGACGCAGAAAAAACAAUCGCAGAAAAGAACGAAUCAGUCGGUGGAGGAUCAUGGGAUUGUUGAUUACAACGUCUAUUUUGAUGAUCCCAGUGAGAUGAGGGAGUCGUUGGUAAAUGACGAUUUGAGUCGUCAGGAGUUGGUUGUGGAUACUGUAGUGAAUGCCGUCAAUAAAGGGGGCAAAAUUGUUCAAAAUGAACAUGACACCGUCCAAGUGGAUUUUGAAAAUGUCACCUCUGGAGGAGUGACAGUGAAAAUUGUUGAUGCAACCAAAAGCAAUCGUACUCCCAAUGCCAAAAACAAAAUUGCUAGUUUGAGAAUUGAAAAUGCCGCCCUUAAAAGUGACUUUGUUUGCUCUGGAGUUGAAAUUAACAAACUGGAUUCUGGAGCUGAUGAGGACAAACUUGGUACCGCCCGUGAAAUAGACACUGGUGGUAGUGAUGUAAAAAUUGUCGAAUGCGUCAAAACUGCUGGGAGCAAUAAGCAGAUGUUGAAAAAUGGUGUCAGUACAGUGCUGGUUGAUGAGUUUCUUUUUGAGGAUCAUGGGAGUGAUGAUGCAGAUAAGGAUUUGACCGAUAUCGAAAUCGAUGAAGACAUCUGGAGUUUUACUGAGGUAUCUCCGUCCAAGCGACCUGAAGGUUUGCAAUUAGCUGCAGAGGUAGUAAAUGGUAGUGAUGAUGCCAAUGGUGUGGAGAGUGGAGGAGAUUGUAAAAGUGAUACCUGCAUUUCUGACUCUGAGAGCGUGAGAGACUGCGGUGAAAAUGUUGAUGUUGGGAAAGUUCAAGUUGAAAUUGACAGGCUUCUACAGGAUAGGCUUAGAAGAGAUGAUGGCAGUGUUGCUUGUCUUCAAGAUGGUGAGGAGGGUUCGACAAGUUGGUCGCAACUUUCAGACACCUCUGAUGGUGAGGAAGUCGUAUCUGGUGAGAGGAAUUUGGAUAAGCGUCGUCAAGAUGUUGACAAACUGAAGAAAAGCAUGGAAGAUUUGGAUAGAGAAAGCAUUAUUGCACUGAAGAAAAGAUUGGAAGAAAAAUGUUCCGUAGCGUGGAGUAAUUUGAUGGAGUGGGAAAAGAUGGGAAUUGUUCGGCGACCAAGCAAGGGGUUUUCUUCAGGAGAAGAUAGCACUGAUGGUGCAACUGAACCUGGUACGGAGGAAUGUGUGAAAAGUGCCAGCGAUAUGAGGGUGCAGGAACUGGAAACAAAGGGAAAAAUUCAGGUGUCGGCUGGGGUCAGUAAAGGAUACUCCUCAGGAAGUGAUUCGCUAAGAUCUGUUGACUCUGCAGAUUUUGUCCAAGAGGAAAAUCGAACUGUGAAGAACCACAAACAACGAAAGGAGAACGGGGAGACAGUGACCAAAGUUGGCGAGGGGUUCUCCUCUGGUGGUGAUGAGGCAAGAUCUGUUGGCUUGGUAGAUCUUGUCCGUAAGGAAAAUAGAACUGCAAGGAACCGCAGAGGACAAAGGGAGAAAGCCCAGACGGUGCCCAAAGUCGGCGAGGGGUUCUCCUCGGGUGGUGAUGAGGCAAGAUCUGUUGGCUUGGUAGAUCUUGUCCGAGAGGAAAAUAGAACUGCAAGCAACCGCAGAGGACAAAGGGAGAAAGCCCAGACGGUGACCAGAGUUGGUGAGGGGUUCUCCUCGGGUGGUGAUGAGCCAAAAUCUGUAAAUUCGGCAGAUUUUGUCCCUGACGAAAAUAAAAGAACUGCCAACAACCUGUCAAGACCAGAAUUUGUUAGAGUCAAGAAGUUUCCUGCGUCUAAUAAGGGAUAUUCUUCUGCUGGUGAUGUGCCUAGUCAUAUAAACACAAAGAGAACUAUUGCAGAGAAAAAUAAGAAGAGUAUUAGUGAUUCUGAGGAAGCUACGAAAUGCGCAGACUUAAGGCAGGAGAGUUCUUCAGUGGGGAAUGAAAAGCUGAAUUCUGGUUCUGGUGCUAAUUCAAAACUGACUGAGCAUGACAAACUGGGUAUUCAUAAACAGAGAGUGUUGCCUUCGAGGCAUUUUGCGCAAGCUUCUGGUUCGUCUCCUAAAAGUAAAGAUGAUGGUAGACAUGUCGAAGUUCUUGGUCGGCAGGGAAAGUCUCCUAAGGGCAAAAUCACAGAUUCAAUCAAGGAUGGUGCCAGAGUGAAUAGUCCGGGCCAGUUGUUGCCGGAGAAGAAGGGAAAGUCCUUUCGUUCAAUGUGUAGUAAUAUGGCCAUCGGCAGCGAUGGCGUCUUGAAAGCCCGACAUGUAAGCCCGAAGAAUAUGUCUCGAACUGCGUCGGAUGAGGCAGGUGUCGGUGAGGAUGUCAGUGAGAAGGACAGGCCAGAAACGGGAAAGAAUUUGUCUCCUAAAAACAGACGACAAGCUGAGGAUGUCAGGAUUACCGAUCGGCAAGAUCAGGACCCUAGCUUCGCAUUACCCAGGAGCCCAGUGAAGAAAAUGAGGAAGUCUUCCUUGGGGGUCAUCAACGACGAAAGAAUUUCACGAAAGUUGCCUGGGCUGCGAAAUCCUGGGUCGCCAGUUGUAAAGUUGCGAAAGCUUUCACCACGAUCGUUGGAUCUGUCUGGCAUCUCGGAAAUCUCCCGGCGGGAUUCGGAUGUGGUGCGAUUUACGCCCGGGAGGGAAGCGUCAACUUCGUGGCACCAGUCUUCCACGCCGCGUACCUCUACCGUACGAGAUUAUUCAAAAGACGACUCGCUUUUCUUAUCUCCAGUUUGUAAAGAUCAGCGUUCGACAUUCCAGAUUGUAACGCCGCAGACAGACAUCCCGAAAAAGAAAACGGAUACAGAGACAUCAACUCGAUUAAAGUCUCAAAAAACUGUCGAAAAGAUUGAUGCAGAGUUGGAAACUGGUGAUAUUGUGAAGACACAGCCGCCCCCUGCCCUCGAUAUUGAUACACCCACCCAGUCGUUUGUCGAAGGUGCGUCGUCUGCAAGUCUAUUCGAUACGUCUGCUCCUGAUAAACGCACUCUUUCGCCACGUUUCGAAAAAGUCUACCAUUCUCCGGUAUCAAAAUUGGGCGAUGUGAGGAACUAUACGAAUCUUAGCGAUUCGGAUGAGGAAGAGAGGACGUCAUCUUUGCGCUUAGCGCUGCAUCUUGUAGUCGCUGAAUCGCCGACUGCCCAUAUCCAAUGUGAUGUUAAUGAGAUAGAUACCACGCCGAGCUCGCCAUUAUUCCCAGCCGCUCCGAAAAUGGGGUAUUCCAAGUCGCCACUGAAAAAAUCGUCACCACGGAAAAAAUCUACUUCUUUGUUUACACUUUUAGACUCGCCAAAAGUUCUUUCAUACAACAGUCUGCGUCCAUCACCAGUGCCGCAAAAGGAUUUAAAACAUGGUAUCCCGUCGCCAAAAAAACGUUAUGAUAGUCCGAGUGACAAAGCUGCGCAGGUUCUGAAGAGGAAGCGAUUGCAGAGUUAUGAGACAGACGCUGGGCGAUUAAAACGUACCAGACAUGGUAAGAUGGAUUCGAGGGAUGGAGAAGAAUUGGAAAUUGUUGACGUGGAUUCUGAAAGUCCUACCCACGCUGAUCAGGAUGCGGGGAAAUUUGAUGGGGAUGCAAACGCAACCGAUCAUGAAAAUGUAUUGAGAGUGAAGAGUCCAAGGUCUAGUUAUCCUGGUGAAAAAAGGGACAGAAGUCUAAGAAAGGUUGCAAAAGAUAUAAGUCGGUCAAAAAAAUUGUCUAGCCAACUGCAGGCACGGGAAGAAAUGGUUCAAGAGUUGAGGAAGAGUCCUAUUGUUGUUGAAAUACUCGACUCGGAUGAAGAAUUGGAGGCAGACGGAUUUGGUGUUCAACCUGAGGAUCAUCCCAGCAGACGCUCCGAUGAUUACUCGAUGACUGAUGGAGGCAAGGAGGAAAACUUGGGAGAGUUCGAUUCGAAUAGAACUUGUGGGUCGAGGUCAAAAGGAAAGAUUGGUGAAAUGGACGCUCGAGAUUUUUCAAAGCGGAGCGAAUCGUUUCAUAAUGUUUCUAUUCCCGAUGCGUGUGAUGAUGAUUUUCAAAGCGGUCAGAGUAGUGGCGGACAUCAUUCUGCCUCCGAACACCGCUCAAGAGAAGGAGGUGCAUUCCAUGACGUAUCAAUCCCGGAUGCAUAUGAUGAUGACAUCCUCGUGCCUAGUCCAGGAUUCAACCAACCUCAUCUGACGCCGAGGAAAAGACAAUCAUUCCGGGAUGAUUCUGAUGCUGCUGGUGGUGAGAAUUCGUUGCUUCGGAGUCCACGGCGCAGUCAACCUCGUCCCUCACCAAGUCGGGUCAUGAGUCCAGAUAUGUUUGAUGAUGAUGAGGAGGACAUUUUAACAGGGGGACCAGAAAUCACAGUCUUGAGUGAUGACAGUUGUGAGGAAGAAGAGGAGAAUCACAAAGCCAAGUCUAACAAAAAGUCAGGAAAUCAGCCUCAUUCUGGUGAAGGUCAUAACGACACCCUCAUUGCACUCUUGGAUGACGGGUCGUUCGAAGAGGAGCCUAGCGUUCGGGAGGAUGCAAGGAUGAAGACGCCGUCAACGCGGAGAAACUGGGCCGCACCGUCGCCCUUUACGCCGAUGCCAGAUUACGAUAACAUGAAAACACCUCAGCUCAAGCAAGCGUUGGCCAAGAUCGGUGUUCGGCCCCAGGGGAAGAAAAAGGGUAUCAAACUGUUGAAGCAUGUGUAUGAGGAGACGCAUCAAUAUGAGACUGACCCUGAUUACACCCCUGCUGGACACGCUACAAAGAAACAGGGUGUGGUCAUCGUCAAGGAGAAUAUCCGUCGCGUCGUGACGUUUGAAAAGGACGAAGAGGACGACCGGUUGUUUGGCGAUUUAGAGGUUCCGCUAAUGUCGAGAUUGGGAAUGGGCCCAGGAUCUCGCGGGCGUGGAGAGGCAGGGGGACUACACAUCACCAAACGUCGAGCUGUCCAUGAAAUGUCCGAUAGCGAGUCUGAACUGGAUUGUUCAUUUGGGUCUUCCUCAACUUCUUCAGAGACUGCCUCCGAUGUCAGUUUGACAGACGAAGGCGACCUGACGUUAUCUCAACAAGAGGACAACAAGUCCAUGAAAGAGAAAUUGUUGAGCUUCAUUCGGAGGGACAAAGAUUUAUACACCAUGGUGUUGAAAUAUCAGCCGAUUGAGUUCACUUGGUUGGUGAACAAGCUGAAGGAUGGGGGACUGACUUGUCCAGCAAGCAAGCUCAUGGACAUUCUGGAUGAGCAGUGUAUUGUCUUCAAGGCCCAGCGACCUGUCAGAAAAGGUCAGAAACCACGUCAGCGCAAGACAAAGAAGGUCAUGGCAUCUUCGUCACCCAGGAAAAUUCCGUCACCAAAAAAGGGUCGCAGAUAACAUUGGUGGAACUUAAGCUCAUGUUAGGAUAGACUGAGAGGUCAUUAGUAUAGAGACUGGUCUUUAGUGAUCGACAUUUUUUCCCAAGGAUCAUGGACAACUUCUCUUCCCGAUAUAUAUAUAUAUGUAGUUGUUGGCUUUUCAUGACUUUAAUGGUCCCAACUGUCAUCAAUUAAACAUUUGGUUUCACCUUGUCUGAAGUCAACAACUCUAUCAUGUACUAUCCUUAAACACCAUGGUUACAAUGUUCCAUAUUUGUAAUGGAUUAUCUAUUAGCCUCGUUUUGACCUUGUAGGUUUUGGUGAGACUACCAUAACCUCUUGGCCUUGGGUUGAUCAUGUUGAUAGUAUUUAUGCUGGAUUGCUCAAUGUAUGUUUGUGUAGUAACAUUUCGAUAAUAAAAAUGAUGUGCUACU